UUCCGGUGUUCGCAGUGGAGAUAUGCUCCAUUACCAACGAGGACGCGGUGGUCUGCUCUAAAUCUGAAUCAUGUCGUCCUCAAGCCCCACAACCGAGACCAGAGGCAGAAGGGGAAGUUUUGAUUUUGAUCUUCCAAACAUGUCUUUGAGAAGGAUGGUGUUGGUGGGGAAGACCGGAGCAGGGAAAAGCUCUUCUGGAAACACAAUCCUGGGCAGAAAAACCUUCAGAGCAGCAAAAAGCGGUUCAUCCGUGACCAAAGAGUGCUGGAAAGAGACUGGAGAAGUGGCUGGAAGAGAAAUUACUCUGGUAGAUACACCCGGACUGUUUGACACAGGUGUUUCCGAGGAAUAUCUUAAGCAGGAGAUCAGUAAGUGUAUAAACAUGACGGCACCUGGACCUCACGCCAUCAUCCUGGUCAUUCAACUCGGCCCGUUCACUGAAGAAGAGAGACUCUCAGUGGAGAAGAUCAGAACUAUAUUUGGAGAAGAAGCAGACAAACACACACUCAUCCUCUUCACACACGGGGAUGAACUGAAAGACAGCAGUAUUGAAGAAUACGUUGACGGAGCCAGUGAGGAUCUCAGAGAAACCCUGAGACGCUGUGGAGGAAGAUAUCACGUGUUCAAUAAUAAUGACAUGGAUGAUCGUAAUCAAGUCACAGAGUUCCUGCAGAAAGUGGAGGACAUGAUCUCUGAUAAUGGAGGAGGAUUUUACACCAGUGACUCUUACCGGGGCGUGGAUCUCAUGCUGAACAAUAAAGAAGAAGAACUGAAGAAGCUGUACGAGAAGAAACUAAAGGAGAAAGAGAGAGAACUGGAGUCCAGAUAUAGUGAAGAAAAUAGGAAACUAAAGGAGAGAAUUGAGGCAUUAACAGCAUCUGAGCAGGAGAAAGAUGAGAAGAUCAAAGAGCUGGAACGACUGAAUCAGAGUAAAAAUAUGAAAAUGAUGGAGAACAAGCGUUAUUAUGAAGCAAAGCUCAGAGAGGCCAGACUGGAGGCAGAACUCACUCAUAUUAAUGAGAGACAAAUGAGAGAGAUCCUCACCAAGUUACAAGGAUUCCACAUUUAAUCAUUCAUGUGUAUUUGAUGAACACUUGUAUGUCCUUUUCAAGGCCUUUGCUGUGCUCAGACGUGCAGUUAUGUUUUUAUGCUUAUUAGACCGGAAAGUGUAUAGGUUGAGAGAAUUGAGCUGGAGAGAUAGGAACGGGAUUGGCAAAGCACCUCAAGCUAGGGAUCAAUCUCAGGUCACUGAAGAUUUCAUUUGCAUUGUACAGUAGUCAACAUUGAAGUGAAUCAAAACCUUUCACUGUUUUGAUCCACCUCAAAUGUUGACUACUGGAUGUCAGCGUUCUAUCACAAGGCUUUACAUACAGUUUUUAAAGUCGUCAUCUUUUUAAAGGAUUAGUUCACCCCCAAAAUGAAAAUUUCCUGAUAAUGUACUCACCCCAGUGCCAUUCAAGAUGUUCAUGUUUGUCUUUCUUCAGUGAGAAAGAAAUUAAUUCUUUUGAAGAAAAUGUUUCAAGAUUUUUCUCGCGACCAGAAUGUUGAAGUCCAAAUCAAUGCAGUUUCAAAGGACUUUAAAGUGCUUCAAAUUACUUUCCUCAGUCCCAGCUGAGCAAUAUGGCCUUAGCGAAUCGACCGGCCAUGUUCUAAAUAUAAUUUUGCCCAUUAAUGAUCAUGUUAAAUAAAGUCAAUAUUGUCGAAAAUAAUUGCGUUACUCUUUUUGUCAUAAUCGAGCUGCCCUAUUAUGUGUAAUAUUUUAAUUAGGCUAAUAUAUAGGCCUAUAUAAAAUAAAGCACUUUCUAUUACUCCUGUUAAUGAAAAAGUAUUUGUCUCUUCUCCAUUUCUCCUCUGAUUAAUCUUUAUGGAUUCAACUAAUAAAUGUUUUGCAUAUGACAAAAUGUAAUUUUAUUCAUUUGUAAGUCUGAAUUAAAAUAUCAGCUAUACGAAUAAAUGUUUAUACUUUGAAUUACAUGUCUAACCAAAUCAUGUUUUGUGUAUGAAAUUGUGUCUUCAAUAAUGUUUUACGCCAUUUUCUUUCUCUUAGAGGGCUUGGAGUUAUUCUUGGAUAAUUUUUUAUUUCAAUAAAGAUGUUUCAUUUGA